AUGGCGGGAAUGAGAGAGAUAGGGAACGCAGCAGAGAAAUUGUUUCAUCAAAAUUAUAUUCGGGGACUUCUUCAUUUGUGCCCAGGAAUGGAAGCUGUUCGCACUGGAGUGGUAGGGGCAAUAGCAGAAGAGGACAUUUUGGUUGGCAAUUACCGUACUCAUGGUUGGGCUUACGCGAGGGGAUGUUCAAUCGAGGAGAUUAUCAGUGAAUUUUUGGGGAAGUCAACGGGUUAUUGUAAGGGAAAGGCAGGAUCUCAACACCUUUACUUGCAUAAUAUGCUUGGAGGGAACGCAAUAGUCGGAUCUUCGGUACCUCUGGGAACUGGCGUUGGUUUUGCAAUGAAAUAUGAAAAGAAACCUAACGUGUCUAUUUCUAUCUACGGAGAUGGUGGAGCCAAUCAAGGCCAAAUAUUUGAAGCUUUUAACAUGGCCAAACUUUGGAACCUUCCUU